AUGUCACCUCAAAUAUUUCUGUUUUUGUUGACAAUAGCCACGUACACCGACCAGGCCCGCAUCAUAACUACGCUAAAAUAUUCCACAUUUCGCGUGUCCCCUAAAAUAGUUCACGGGAGCCCCGUCUCUAAGGGCCAAGUGCCAUAUCUAGUGUCCAUAAAGGAGCCUUCAGUCAACGUCAGCCAGGCGAAGAAAUUGUGGACAAAUCUGUGUGGUGGAAGUAUCAUCACGCCAUCUAAAGUAUUGACAGCAGCGCACUGCUUUGAAGCUAAUCAGUUCUUCUACGCCACAAACUUUAGUUUGUUGAGAGUCGUAGCUGGGAACUUGCACAAUCAUUUGAUUGAUUCAGGUCGCACGUCAACAUCAGAUAAAUCUCAAUGGCGGAUAAUGAGUAAAGUAGUGCUACAUCAAAACUUCAAUUUUCCCCUCAACGACAUUGCACUCGUGUUCGUCGACACACCAUUUGUGUUCUCAGAAACAGUCAACUACGUAAUACCCGCGAGGGCAAUAACGGAUUACCCCAAAACUUGUAUCGCGGCUGGGUUCGGCGAGACACAGCAUGGAUCUAAUACGUCACGUAAAUUAUUAUGGACAGACAUCUCUGUACUAUCGAGAGCCCAGUGCGACUUUUGGUGGGAGAUGGAAAUGAAUGAUUUCAUCUGCACUAACUCCCAAGCUUCCGACGUAGGAGCUGGAGACUCGGGAGGACCUUUAGCCUGCUACGGGACUACCGACCCUACGGAACAGAAGGGCAAAGACCUCCUUGUGGGCAUUGUCAGCGGUAAAAACUUUGAUAAAACUACAUUGUUCACCAGAGUGGCUGCCUUCGACACAUGGUUGCAAAAUGAAGGGCAGACGAGUAUCGCCUGUAUUUGUAAACCUUCAAAAAUUGUUUUGAGUUUUGCUAUUAUACUGUCUUAUAUACGUUUAUUGAUUCUAUUUAUUUUUUGGAGUUAA